AGCGCACCUACGUCAUUUCCGUUAUGACAAAAAGAGAGCGGGGAACUUGACAUCCACCAAACACUACAGCACAGUGACAUUAUAGCUUUGUUCUGUGUUUGUCCUUUAGAAACUUGGAGAGUCAAGAAGAAGGGUUAAUCUAUUUAAACGUUACCAAUCUAACUGACCCAGGAUGAGAACUUUAGAGGAGGUCCAGGCCACUCUGGAGAUCGCCAAACUCAAAGAGGAGGAUCUGCAGAAAACUAUGCAGUGUCUGUCUUUUGGAGAAACGGUGACAUCCGGAGACUACUGCCUAAUGGAGCUGGAUGACACACUUUGCAAACACAUUGAAGCUGGACAAAGUCUAGUGAUCCGAGGGGAUAAGGAGGAGCGAACAGUUCUCUGUAGUGGUGACAAAACCUAUGAUCUUAAAAUAGCCGACACAUCUAACCUGCUGUUGUUAGUACCCGGGUGUAAAACACCAGACCAGCUGACCAACAGUCAAGACAGCUCUCAUGUGGCACGUGCUCAGAUCUGGGGAUUCACUAACAGCUACUGGGAGCUGCGUAAACAACGCCCCAAACUGAAGAAACUGAAGAAGCUGUUAAUGGAAAAUGCCUAUGAAGGACCUUCUAUAGCGGGGCAGGAGGAGGUCACAGAAAACAGGUACACAAUGCAGGACCUGUUGGAGAGGAUCCAGGCCAGUGAAGAAGAGAUCAAGACCCAGUUAGAGACCAUCAAUGCCUGUCAGAUAGAUGGUUACUGGCGCAUGCUGGAGUUUGACUACGAGAUCAAGCUGCUCGGUCACAUCACUCAGCUGGUGGAUUCUGAGUCCUGGUCCUUCAACAAGGUUCCUCUUGAAACCAGUUUGGAAGAGUUAGGUCCCCUUGAACCAAAAGAGAUGAUCGAGCACUGUUUGAACUGCUACGGGAAACGCUACAUGGAAAAUGACAAAGUUUUCUAUGCGUUACAUGAGGAUAAAGUAUGUCGGGCGAUCGCGCUGUUGUUGCUUCAGAACGCUGUAAAGUUCAACCUGCGGGAGUUUCAGGAAGUCUGGCAGCAGAGUGUCCCAGAUGGAAUGAGCACAAGACUAGACCAGCUGAAGAGUGUCGCUCUGCUGGACCAAACAUCCCGUCCAGAGACUAUCUGCCUCCUGCGGGUGGAGGAUCUCCCUGAGGACACGCUGGAGCGCUUCAACCACCUCUUCACACUCAGAGAGAAAUGGACAGAAGACGACAUCACCCCGUACAUCCAGGACCUGUGUGGAGAGAAACAGACCACUGGAGCCCUCCUGACCAAAUAUGCUCGAUCUUCAAUGCAAAAUGGGAUCAAGGUCUUUAACUCCAGAAGGCCUGUGGCAACAUGAACACGUUUUCUGUUAUGUCAUGUGAAAAUGUGAUUAUGUUUCUUCCCAGAGUUACUUCUGAAAAUAUUUAACUUGUAAUUGUACUUAAAUAUACCGUGCUUACAUAGUAGAUAUUUGUCAGUCAACUAUCUUGUUGCAAUUCAACUUGCUAGCUUGUUCAAUGGAAAAAAUAUCAGCUUAAGGAUUUGUUUUGUUUUUUCACUUGAUACCAGAUAAGAUUUUUGUUAUUUCUGCUUCUAUUUUGUCCAUAAAUGAUGAUACAUAUUGAUAAUAAAGUAAGUCUUUGUGAUAUUAUCACUCUG